AUGACUACUCCCAUUGUGCCGCCACUGGACUUUUCGUCUUUCUACAACGUCAUCAAUGGCGAGCUUACCACCACGGCCACGACUCGUCAUGGUAUCAACCCCGCCACAGAAGGCCCGAAUCCUGAGGUGCCGGCUUCGACGCCAACCGAUGUCGAGGCUGCUGUUAGUGCAGCGAAAUCUGUCUUCCCUCAGUGGGCCGCGACACCGUGGGACGAAAGGCGCGCCGCAAUCAAAAAAUAUGCAGAGGCCUUGGAGAGGGAACAAGAAGGAUUUGCAAGGCUUCUGGUGCAUGAGCAGGGUAAACCGCUCCAAUUUGCUCGCAAGGAGAUCAUUGACUCUGUCCGCUGGUUACGUGAAAUUGCUGAUUUGAACCUGGUCGAAGAGGUAAUUCGUGAGGAUGAAGAGUCGCAGACCAUUGUGCGAUAUACGCCCAUAGGGGUGACAGUCGGUAUUGUGCCUUGGAACUACCCUGUUGUUCUGGCAUGCGGCAAGAUUGCUCCAGCCUUGAUCACUGGAAAUCCGAUUAUCAUUAAGCCCUCUCCUUUCACGCCUUACUGUGCCCUGAAACUUGCGGAACUCGCCCAGCCGUACUUCCCACCUGGUGUAUUCCAGGCAUUGAGUGGUGAUGACAAUCUGGGGCCAUGGCUCACAGCACACCCGGAGGUCGGUAAGAUAAGUUUCACAGGAUCAACGGAAACCGGGAAGAAAGUGAUGGAUAGUGCUAGUCGUAGGCUGGCAAGGGUGACUUUGGAAUUAGGUGGAAAUGAUGCGGCAAUCAUCUGUCCUGAUGUUGAUAUUGAAACCGCAGCCCCAACAGUCGCGACGCUGGCAUUUUUGAACUCGGGUCAGAUCUGUAUUGCGGUGAAACGCGUUUAUGUUCAUGAGUCCAUCUACAACCAGUUCCGCGAUAAGGUUAUCGAAUACAUACGGACAUUCAAGGUCAACACGGAUGACGAUGCUUUCAUGGGCCCUCUACAGAACAAAAUGCAGUUUGAGCGGGUUAAUGACCUCGUACAUGAUAUUGGCAGCCAGGGGUAUCUCGCAGCUACAGGGGAAUCCGAGAUGCCGAAGACGGGCUAUUUCAUCAAACCCACGAUUGAGGAGCCUUUUGGCCCCGUGGUUCCUUUACUCUCCUGGUCGAGCGAAGAUGAAGUUAUCCGCAGAGUCAAUGACACCAAAAUGGGACUCGGUGCCUCUGUGUGGUCUCGUGAUAUUGAUAGGGCAGCCGAAUUAGCAAGACGGAUUGAAGCGGGGAGUGUUUGGAUCAACAAACAUGUUGCCAUCGACCCUCAUGUCCCAUUUGCUGGACACAAGGGCAGCGGGAUAGGAUGUGAGUGGGGGAUUGAGGGAUUGAAAACCUUCUGCAAUGUGCAGGCAUUGUUCCUCCAGAAGAGUAAGGCUUAA